GCCACAAAGCGCUCACACCCAUCUGAAGCCAUACUUGCAGAGGCCACUAGCUCACUACGUACGAGUCGAUCAAUCUGUUGUUUCAGCGAGACACCAUGAAGUACUUGGCCCAGCUGGUGGUGGCGCUCCUGGCCUUCUCGGCAGUGGUGCUGAUGGUGGCGCCGGCGGGCGCGGAGGCGGCGACCUGCAACGCGCUGCAGCUGACCCCGUGCGCGGGGGCCAUCAUGGGGAACGCGGCGCCCACGGCGUCGUGCUGCAGCAAGAUGAGGGAGCAGCAGCCUUGCAUGUGCCAGUACGCGCGCGACCCCAACCUCAAGCAGUACGUCGACUCCCCUAACGGCAAGAAGGUCAUGGCCGCCUGCAAGGUGCCCGUGCCCUCCUGCUAGAUGGACGCAUAUAUGAUCGAUCCAUACGGGAGAGCGCAGCGCGCACGCGGGCCUCUCUGUCCUCUCGCUGCAUGUUUCAUGUGUGUUCAUGUGUCAGUGUUUCCCAACACAAUCUAGCUACCCUGACGAUGUAUGUGGAGUUGUGGACCGAUGUGUAUCUAAAUUUCUGAAUAUACGCAAUAAUGGUGAUGUAUCCAGCUAUAUGUAAUUUAUAUGUUUCUUCC